AUGCCUGUGACCCCUUCGUCUGCAUCAUCCGCCAUGAAUAUCCCAAUCCUGGAAACGCCAGCCCCUGAUCACGGCUAUCUCAGUCUACUCUCGCGUCUCCUUCAAGAACAGUGGGUAGAACGAUUCGAUGGACACGGCUACGUCGACGAAGCAGGCUUUGAGAAAGAUGACCUGCGCUCAGUGAUUACAAGCGACCACAGCUACCCGUCCUUCACUGGCCGCAAUGUCAAGUAUGAAAUGCUUGUUGUCACCAGCACGACCUAUAGUUGUCCAGUGUUUCUGGCUAUUUCUGGUCCCGAACACGCCGACCAGAAUGAGUUGAUGGCUCUUAUACGUGAGAUUUUCAGACGUGGUGUGUAUUCCCCCGGUGCUGAUUGGCCAAAGUUCGGGGCUGUGCUUCGUGGACACAACAUUACCUUGGGUGAAGGGUGGAGCGGGGUUAACUCAAGGAAAUGGGGGGAUGGAGUGGAGGGUGACAUGGGAAACAGAGGGGAGGAGCGGAAGGAGGUCUUGGGGACAGAGAGUGGAGGCGGAGCGGGCAAGGGUGCCGGAAAGCACACCCCAUUACGCGAGAGCAGCGGUGAUGACUGACUGGUCAGGCGCAGGGUGGGAGCCCGGUGACUCAACAGCAUGCUCAGAGCUCAGAAGAGGCCUGCGCACAGGCCCAUCAAAUCCCGAACAGCUCACAGAAACAGGUUGAGUUGUGAGCCUACAAAUGGCAUGCAAUUGGACGAGCAAUAAAAUAUUAAUGCCUACGCGGGGCACCAUCGAGACUAUUCCCACCCUGCCUCUGAAACCUUCGAGGUGUAUGACUGCUGAGGCAUUAGCAUCUGUGCAUGAUUGUUGACGGCUAGAUGAUCGGGGAAACGAUACACCGUGUCUUCCCAGAGCGGACGGAGAGAUGUGUCCUGACAUGAUUUAUUCAACAUUAUAGCCAUGUGGGUCUGCAGCUUUAUUCAUUCUGGGUGCGAUACUUCUCA